AUGAAUAAAUUUUAUAUUCAAAUUGUUUUUUUUCUUUUAAUCAUCCCCCUAUAUGUGAAUAAUAAAACCCUUGCAACUGAGCUUGUUCCAAAAAAAGAUACAAAACACAAAUCAAAAAAAGAUAAAAAACACAAAUCAACAAAACGUUAUCCUACUUCAGAAGAAAUAUAUAAAAAAAACAAACACCUAUUAUAUACCGAUACCGAAGAAACUAGAAAAGCGUGCAGAUUUAUGAAUGACGCUUUAAAACAAUUAGAACAUCAUGCUACAAGUAAAGGCUAUAAAAGGUGUUGUGCAAUUCCUUCUAAGAAUAUAGUUUUUUAUAAAAAAAAACAUCAAGGUCGUACAAAAAUUCUAAAAGCUGAAUAUUUAAUUAAGGGUCCGAAUAAGUAUAAUGAAAUACUAAACGAGUUAUGGGAUCCCGAUAGUGACCAAUAUAUAAAUAAUUCCUCUGUUAAAAAAAAAAUUGUCCGUGUGUACACUCCAAAUUUAGUAAUGAUACAACAACGUUGCAAAAAAAUGCCGUGGUCUCGUCGUAAAUAUUUUUAUGCUUUAGCUGCAAAAUAUAAAAUAUCAGAAAACAAAACUAUGAUUGUCAUGGCUUCAGCAAAUAUAAUUGACCACAACCGUAAAAAUAAAAAAUAUUUUGAAAACAAAAUGGUAGAAAGUGCAAAUUUAUUCCAAGCUGAAAUUGAUUCUGAAGAUGAUAUUAGAAAUGGAAAAAUAAAAAAAACGUUUGUUAACUUAAUUGGAUACAUUGUUGAAAAAAGAAAGGAGGGUAAUGAUGAACAUGGUUCCAUUUAA